AUGGCCCCGCUACCUGCGACGCCGGUGACUUCUCGAUUUCUCCUUUCCAAGAGACAAACUACACAGUCUCAUACUAGUCAAACAUUAAAUCAGCAGCAUGGAAUUAUACCGCAGCUGCUUUAUAUCACACCAAGGUUCGCCUCAACACCUAGGCCAUCCUCAGCCCACUCUGGCGCGGUAUUCGCAACCCCAGCCUUGGCCAUCAAGACGCGAGGGCCCCGAACCCGUUCGACACAGGAUAUCAUCGAUGUUAGCUCACCUGUCUCCGACAACGCACAGUCUCCACCUCUGUCUCCUACUACCAGUGACACACUCCCAGAGCCAAUUGAGAUCGACUCGUCCCUCCUGCUGGAGUCCUCCUUGCCCGAGGAACCCGAGACCUACCGCGCCUCUAAGCGCAGGCGCAUUUCCAUCGCCUCAUCCUCGCCCGAAACCUAUCCAGUGACCAGCCCGGAUCUCAACAGCGGCAGCGACAUAGAGUCGCUCCCGGACGCGCCAGACGAGGACAAUGACCACCGGCCCUCCUCCUCCCACUCCAGACCAUUCUCUGAAGAGGAAGAGGAAGAGGAAGAGGAAGAAGAAAGGGUACAAACAGUCAGCGACGACGAAACCCCCCGGCCUCCUAGCCCAGUGUCCUCCUCCUCAGUCCUGUCUUCUUCUUCCCCGCCUCCUUCAUCCCCAGACCUGGACCCCUCUCGCCCACGACGACCACCGCAGCCCAACCAUCCUCACACAACCACCAGCAAAGAACAACAGGACCCGGCCCGGCGCUUCAAACCCCACCCGCACCAGACCACCGACCCAGACUAUCUGCCUCAGCUGCAGCAGCUGCCGGAUCUCUUGUUCUCCCCGCAACGCCGCGGCGGGCCAAAGUACCUCCCCGGAGGACUGGCCGCCGAGCUACGGGACUGGCUGGUCGAGGUAAAAGAGGGCGCCGAUGUCGUGGCCGACCUUGACAGCGGGCAGCCACCGAUGUCGGAACAUCCUCGUGCGGCUCCCUCCGCGGUGGUGAUGACGAUGAUGAGGGUGCGGGUUGAGGCAGUUCGCCGUGGCGGGGUGGGGAUGACACUUGUUGCUGGGCGACAGGUUGGGUCUGGGCCGGGUCGGGUCGGGCCUGAUGGGGACAGCCAGGGGCGGGGGCGGGAAGGGGAAAGGGAUGCGGUGGAGCUGAGGGUGAUGCUUGCGGGUGAGGGGAUGGUUCAGGGGCUGGGUGGCGGUGAUAGUGGGGGGAAUCUGGGGAGGGUUGUGCCUGGUGCGGUGGUGGCUGUUGCACCGCCCACGUGGGAAGUUGAACUUGGGGCCGAUGGGCGGUGGGCAGUUGCGUACCGCUGGGAGGUUGUCAGGGAGGGAGGUGGUUGA